CACAGCGUGGCUGUGAGUGAGCUAACGAGGCCGCAGAGUAGCGAGUGAAAGUGACACGGAUCCCUACAGCUCCACAGACCGCACGCACCGUAUUAUCAUUAGCUGUAACCGCUGCAGGCAGGGGAAUCAACUAAAGACUCGGACACUGCUUAACCCGAGACCCCUCGUGCGUGUCAGCUGCUUCCUGAGGUGCAUCCCGCCGUAUCCAGCUAACUGAGCCGAACUAUUCGCCCUUCCUGGUGCAGCCCGUUGGACCUGAGUCGGAGUCCGUGCUCCUGUUACACCCCCCUUUGUUGCCGCCCUAGCUGGUUAUCCCUUCAGCCUGACACCAUAGGCAAGCUGAGACAGCGCACAGGAGCCUCUCGCAGCUCCUACUCGUCCGGCACCAAAGUGGCUAUGGCAGCGAUCCGCAAGAAGCUGGUGGUGGUAGGGGACGGGGCAUGUGGCAAAACGUGCCUGCUCAUAGUCUUCAGCAAGGACGAGUUCCCCGAGGUCUAUGUGCCCACCGUGUUCGAGAACUACGUGGCGGACAUCGAGGUGGAUGGCAAGCAGGUGGAGCUGGCCCUGUGGGAUACCGCAGGGCAGGAGGACUACGAUCGUCUGCGGCCUCUCUCAUACCCAGACACGGACGUCAUCCUCAUGUGCUUUUCAGUGGACAGCCCGGACUCUCUGGAGAACAUCCCUGAGAAAUGGGUGCCCGAGGUCAAGCACUUCUGUCCUAACGUACCCAUUAUCCUGGUAGCCAACAAGAAAGACCUUCGAAACGACGAGCACAUCAGGAACGAACUUGCCCGCAUGAAGCAGGAGCCGGUGAGGGCAGAAGAUGGCCGGGCUAUGGCCAUUAGGAUCUCUGCCUACGAGUACCUAGAGUGCUCGGCUAAAACAAAGGACGGUGUGAGAGAAGUGUUUGAGACCGCCACUAGGGCGGCGCUGCAGAAGAGACAUGGCCCCAGUGGUGAGUGUAUGAGCUGCUGCAAACUGCUAUAAUAACCGCCUCCUGCGGACUUGGCUCACUAAAUUAUCUACCCCAUCGCCUUCAGCUGGGGAAAGGGUUCCAGAAAACAAGAGUCUGGCACCCCCUGUUCAGUAUUGGUGCCCGGGAGUUGGAUUCUCACCACGUGACCAGACUCUUGGCCUAAGGGACCAUGAAGUGGGACUUAAUUGUUCUAAUGGGUCAAGACCUGUCCAGUUGACUUUACAUUUUUCUCUCUACUGCAUUCCCUUCUUCAGAACCAGCUUCAGUAUUUUCUUGUACAGACAAGUUUAAUCUUGUUAUUUCUACGGACACAUACUGUGUGGGAAGGGUUGUGCAUUUGCAUAGGACUUCUCAACUUGAGUGGCCUUUGUUCUCCUAAAAACUCAUUGCUUUUCAAAACACUACAUGCUGUGUAGAUCUCAGGAGCAUCCCACUACUCUUUAUUUUAAUAGGUAUUGGUGUGGUAGGCUCAAAGUAAACCACAUGCCUAUUUGAAGUGUUAACCACUACAUUGCCAAAAGGAAAACUGACUAUUGAGGAGUUGCAUUUGCCCUACAAAUACAGGAUCUUUUGAAUGUUUAUAAAUGUGUAAAUAUGACUAUGUACAUAAUUGUUUAGGGCUACUGUACCUAGUAUCCCUAGAAAAAAAUGAUUUAAAAAAAUCUCUUGCCUUCUGUAGCUCAUGUUUUCAUUAAGGUCUUUUUUAUUUAUGUUUUCUUAUGAAAACGAUUUUGCACACUUCAACACUCCAUGCACUUGCCAUCUGCAUAAAAACACUAAGAUUCAAACACUAUGUGUAAGCUCUAAUGGUGGUGUUUGGUGUCCUUCCCCCCACCCCUCCAAGACCUGGGCGCAGUAUUAAUACCACUGCAUCUUAUAACAUUUAAACAUUGAUUUUGAGAUUUAGGUAAUUCAUUUUGUUUUGCAGAUGUUUUAUGGAGGGUUCUUUAUCUAUCUUUCCAUUGCUUCAAAUGUCUUUUUAUGGGGGGAGGCAGAUCUAAUUUUUAAACGGUGGUACUAAAAUAAUUUGAAAACAAGCUAACAGUGGUAUAGAGAUUGUUUUGAACAUGUUUACAGGCAGAACUUAAAAUAUGUAUAUACAGUUUUUAUGUAAAAUAUUAAAACAAUUAUGUAAAUUA